AGAGAGAGGAGAGGAGGUGAUGGUAUUGUAUGGGUUCAAUGCUAUUUACACAAACACAUGGGGGGGCCUCAAUUUGUUUCAACAGGCAUAGCGGAAUCAUUCGGAGCAGUUCUCAAGGUGUAUAGCUGGGAGACAAAACAAACACACACAAGGGGUCAGAGGUGACAGCAGGGGAACAAUGGGGCUUUCCAAGGCCAGUUCAACACAGACAGGAAGUCUAGAUGACUUGUGAAGGGAAAAAAAAUAAUAAUAAUAAUGUAUACUGCAAGUGAUGUCAUUAAAUAAAUCCCAUAGGUUAUAUAAUAUAUUUAGUUUAUGAAAAUAUUAUGUUUUAUGGGGAGGGCCUGGUUUCUGUCAGUGUCAAGAUGCUGUCUGCAUCUCUGCCUACUGCUGUAGCCUCAAGCCUGGGCUCUGCUCCAGCCAAUCAAAGAUGCCCGCGGGCCUGACUCAUGAAUGAUUCAUGACGUGGGCGGGAGCUGUUGUUGCUGUCUGGGCAGCCGGCGAAUAGAAACAGGGUACAGUGGGAGUGUGGCCAAUGAUUGAGCAGCACAGUCUCAUGGGGAUGGGCCGGCCUGAACUGCAAGGAGUGGUAACAGGGAUGGGGGAUGGAGAGUGAGAGAGAAAGAGAGAUAGAUAGAGAGGUAAGAAAGAGAGGCUAGAGAAGAAGAGGGAACAGGGGAGGGGCUUUAGAUUAUAACCAAAAGAAUAUAGGAGAGGCGAGAGAACUGAAGAGAAACAGUGAGAGCAAGAGAGAGCACGAGGAGGAAUUAUUUUUUCCCUUUGCCAAAGCAUCCUCUCAGGAUCCACAAAAACAGCCAGACCAUGAACACCACCGCCACCGCCGGCCCGGUCCACCCUGCCGCCCCGCUGUCCCGCGUCUCCCUGCAGGUGCAGGAGGUCUACCCCUUCCACGACGGCUGGAACGUGGCCUGCUUCGUCAUCCUGCUGCUCUUCGUCCUGGCCGUGCUGUCGCUGGCCGCCCUGGCCCUGCUCUACGAGGUGCUGGACUGCGGCUGCUGCUCCAAGGGCAAGACCCACCGCCAGCUGCUGGAGGAGAGGGAGGCGUCCGCCGCCGAGCCCGGCACCUUCCGCAGAAUGGUGGGCAGUCUGAGCGGUGGGGGGGUGUCGCAGACUGAGGUGGUGUGAGGGGGGGGUCUGUCUUAUUACCCCCUGCCCUACCUUUUAAAUAAGACUUAUCGAUGACUGACAAGAGGCUGACAGCACUGGCAUGUGCCUGAGCGCAAGCUGGGUUGUACAGUACAUGGUUGACUUAGGGCGGCGUGUUGAAAGCACAGAGAGCGAACGAGGAGGAGUUGUACAAAGAGAGAGAGAGAGAGAGAGAGAGAGAGAGAGAGAGAGAGAGAGGAGGAGAGACGGAUUCUCAUCUCAUCGAAAUACAGUUUGUCCACACGAUGCCGCCAAUCACAUCACUACAUCCGUCGCCACAGCAACUGAACACCCCCACAAUGCGAGAGAAGCCAGCAGGAAAGAUGGAGUCUGUCGCAGAGGACUCAGUUCUCUGAGCAAAAGGCAGUUGAAGUAGCUGCCUAUCAUCAGAAUAAAGGGAGUACAUAUAGUCAGAGAGGAAAGUGUGUCCUAACUGUUGUACAGGGUCUCAGGCCAAGGCCCAACACAAACUGAUGACAUCUCCUUGUGACACCAACAACUCAAUCUGCCAUGUCUUAACUGAGGAGGGGGGGAGGGGGGGGGAAAGAUAAUGGGACAGGGGAACACACUGAUGUAAAUACGCUAUGUUUGUCAUUGAGCUAUGUGCACUGUGUUAUUUCCCUUGCCUUAAAAUUAUGUCAAAUAAACCAUGCCCAACACAUGGUCCAUUCAAAAUAAAGACCCAUGAGAACAACACUGUGUUUGUGAUCAAUAUCAGUUUAUCUGCCAGGUCCAAAGGAUGCUGGUGUCACCAGGACGGUUCUCUUGGCACUCAUUUAGUCACCAUAUAAUCUGUGAAUAUCACUUUUACAGUUUCAGGCUCGUCUCAACCUCGGACAAUACAGCUUCAGAGUCCUGCAUCAGGUUGAACGUCCAAGAAACCACAACCUAGACCUAAGUAACCCUACCCUACCAAAAGAACUGACAGUGUGUUCACAGCAGGAGCCAAAAGCUGAGACUAGGCUGUAAGAAGGCUAGUAUGCCAGCCAAGGUCAACAGGGUUACGGUAGGUAGA